AACGGCCUUGAGGACAUCUUUGAGAAGCAGGAACUUAGCCUGCCGGCUUACCCACAGCAUGUCCUACAGGACAGCAAAGACGACAAAGACGAAGAGGAAAACGAAGGCCCAGGGAGAGAAGCAACAUGGCCGGCUCUUCGUUUGUGACGGGAAUAUCCGGCUUUUGUGCGGUAAUGAACGCACUUAGUAUAUUCAAAUCUCUGCCAAGUAUUGCUGCUAAUGACUUCCCUCUGUCAGGUCUCCUCAAGUUCGCCGGCAUCGCUGUUACCGGACUGAGCCUUUGUGGUGACCUCUUGCUUUUGACGUCUGCCGCGUCUCAGGGCCCUCAAAUAAACCCGAUGGGCACUGGCGGCUCAUUGAAUAAAUCCCUAAAUAAGAUGCUAUGGGGACUUUGCAUCAAGAUGUUCGUCGUCACCUACGAGUUCUUCACGGCGCCUCUGUACCUUUACAAUUGCUACCUAGACGUGGUGAUCUUGUACGUUAUACACGACUUCUACGAAGGCGUUAAGCAGCAAGGAACACUGAACUCCAAUGGCCUUCUGAAUGAUGAAGACAUGCAGCCACUGCGUGGGCAGGCAUUCACUCAGGGGAUGCCAGCCUUCUUGCCAAGCGGCAACAUGAUGGCACCGGGAGCUCCAAUGCAGGGCUUGUACCCAACCGGCGGCUUGGUGGCGCCAGGAGCUUCGAUGCAGGGCUUCUACCCAGGCGGCGGCAUGAUGGCCCAACCAGCAGGCCUAGGGUACGGCUUCUACCCAGCCGGCGGCAUGAUGGCCCAACCAGGAGCCCAAGGGCAGGGCUUCUACCCAGCCGGCGGCAUGAUGGCCCCACCAGGAGCCCAAGGGCAGGGCUUCUACCCAGCCGGCGGCAUGAUGGCCCAGCCAGGAGCCCUAGGGCAGGGCUUCUACCCAGCCAGCGGCAUGAUGGCCCCACCAGGAGCCCAAGGGCAGGGCUUCUACGCAGCCGGCGGCAUGAUGGCCCAGCCAGGAGCCCUAGGGCAGGGCUUCUACCCAGCCAGCGGCAUGAUGGCCCCACCAGGAGCCCAAGGGCAGGGCUUCUACGCAGUCGGCGGCAUGAUGGCCCAGCCAGGAACCCAAGGGCAGGGCUCCUACCCGGCCGGAAGCAUGGGGACACCAGGAGCCCCGAUGGCCACUGGCGGCAGUGCGGUCGCUAACACGCAGAGUAAAGCAGACGCCGCUUCGCCCUCGCCUGCAAAACCUCGCCACCACAAGGGCUCUGUCGCCAACAAACCGCACGCCAACUAUCCACGCAGCACGUACUAAAAGGCGCGCGCCAAGAAACUGGCUUAAGAUGCGCAAGCCUUCUCACGCUGCGUGUGCGUGCAAGUUCAAUUUAAAACGCCUGCGCGGCCAUAACAACCACCAUUGUUCUUUCUACUUUCAUUCGUGCUAUAGUAUUGGU